UCCCUUUGUGCCAUCUUUUUCUCACCCUUUCACUAACCGACUAUGAAACUUCUAAUUUUCCUCUAAACAUAAUCAUAAUCAUAAAUUCAUAAUCACAUUCCUUCAUUACUCUCUUCCUAUAAAUAAACCAAACCUUCUUCAUUUUCUCACUCUCUCCCCCGCGAACACGUAACUGCGGGAUUUCUCUUUUUCCAUCAUUCUCCGAAAUUUUCCUUCAUUUUCCAUCAAAAUCUCGAUUCAAUUUUCCGUUAAUUCAUCGCGAUUCUAUGAUUCUAUCGUAGUUGAUUUUGAUAAGUUUGAGAAAUUAUUAGGGUUUCGGUUCCGAUUUUGAUUUUGAUUGUAUCGGAAGAUUUUUUUUUGGUUAGGGUUUUUGAUUUUGGUGAUUUGAUUGUGAUUUGAGAUGGGGAGUGUUGUUGAACGAGAUGAUAAUCGGAUUAUCAAGAUGAAUUUUACGAUGGAUGGAGCGGCGAAGCUGAGAGAGAGUGUGACGGAGAAGUUGAAGGAGUUUAUGGGGGAAUAUACUGAUGAUACUCUUGUGGAAUAUGUGAUCGUGAUACUGAGGAAUGGUAAGAGCAAAGAACAAGCAAAGAAUGAGUUGAAUGUUUUUCUGGGGGAUGACAGUGAUUCUUUUGUGUCCUGGCUGUGGGAUCAUCUACAUUUGAAUUUAGCUUUGUAUGUAAAACCUGAAAAACUGCAAGACGAAGCUCCUAAAAGAAAGCUUAUAUCCGAAAUUAAAGCUGGGGAUGAUGGGCUUCAGCAUUCAAAAUCAGAGUUAGAAAGAGGAAAUUCUAAUAAGUUUUCUAGAAGUCGGCAUAACAAAGAUUGGAAAGGACUGGUGAAGGGAGAAGCUGAAGCACCUACUAUUAGAAGCUUUGAGGUUGACAAUGCUCAUGUAGAGGAAAAAGUCCGAUCAAAUGUCAAUCGCAGUCGAAGGUCACCAUCUCCUAAACCUGCAGUUCAGAGGAAAAGGGGCCGAGCUGAUGAACAACAGAGGCCAAAGAGGGAUGUUGUCUCACAAGUAAAUAUUGCUGCUCCUCGACGGCUCCUUCAAUUUGCAGUUCGAGAUGCAGUGGGUUCUCCAAGGACAUCCGGUGUUGGCACGUCAGUGGAGCCUUACUUAAAACGUCUUCGUUCUGUAGUUUCUACAUCCUCUGCUGAUUCAUCUGUAGUUGAACAUUAUCAGCGUGUGCAGCCAACUUCCCGGGCGCCAAAUGCAAUGGCUAGAGUGAUUAAGGCUGUGGCAGAAGCUGCAGAGGAUGUGAAGUCCAAAUCCUCGGGAAGUGUAUUUGAUAGACUUGGCUGUGGUAUGGAUUCAUCUGCUGAUAACAGCCAACUUGAUUAUCAACAUCAGGAGCAAAAUCAAUCAAUGUAUCUACAAAGAACUGAUUACAAUGGGCAAUAUGCUGCCAAUACAACUAUGGUGGAACGUGAAACUGUUUUUCUCUCUGAUUCAAAUUCAGAUAAUGAAGGGUGUCAUGAUGUAAAUGUCAUAGGUCGUGGGGUGACUGGAACUUCUGAGAUCAGCUCCUCUGUUGGAAACAAGGGAAGUGAUUCACUCAUGGUGCAGUAUAGUGUAGCAAAGAAAGCUGAUGAUAGUUUGCGUCUAAAACAGAGCCAGGAACAGGAGCAACCUACUGCUGCAUGUAACCCUUCUCGUAAAAUAGUAAACAUUUCUGUUAAUGUAAAUACUUGGAAGCCAGACCAAUACCAGGAACCAAGAGAAGUUGUAGAAUUAGAUGGUCAUAAAAUUUCAGACAAUGAAAUUGGAGAUUCCAGAUCUAACAUGCAACUGGUGAAGGAGAAUGCGAACGCUCUGAAAAUUAGUAACGGAAAUGUAAACCUUGCUCCUGAUGUUCAGAAAGAGUCUAGCAAGGCACACUGCACUCCUGGUUCUAGCGUUGCUGGUCGUCCUACAGAAGAUGUUGAUUCCAGAACCAUUUUUGUUAGCAAUGUUCAUUUUGCUGCUACCAAAGAUGCUUUGUCUCGGCAUUUUAAUAAAUUUGGAGAAGUGUUGAAAGUGAUUAUUGUUACUGACGCUGCAACUGGCCAGCCAAAAGGGGCCGCCUACGUUGAGUUCAUGCUAAAAGAAGCAGCAGACAAUGCACUAUCUCUAGAUGGUACUUCUUUCAUGUCACGAAUUCUCAAGGUUGUAAAGAAAAGUGCUGCCCCUGCCCAGCAAGAAUCAGCUCCAACCACGACAUGGCCACACGUUAGGGGAUCUCCAUUUCCUACUGCUAGAUUCCCCAGACCUCCAUUUGCAAGAGGUAUUCCUGGUUCAUUUAGACCUCGUCCCCCAAUGAAACUGGGUGCAAGGAGCAUGCAGUGGAAGCGGGAUGCUCAGGGUAGUCCAGCUGACAGUGGUUCCUCAGUGAAUUCCGGCAAUUUUGCCAUGCCUGCCACUCGUGGUCUCACCUAUAUUAGAACACCAUCUAAACCAGAAGGCUUGGGUACGACAUAAUUCAAAUAUUGAGAGGCUUGAGUACGACGAAAUUAUUGAGAUGGCGGUGAACCAAUGCCACGUCAGAGUCUUCAUAUCUUAUUGCACAAAAAUGGUAAAAAAAAAA